UCGCGAGUUCAGGAUCGAAGAAAAAAAAUAAUUUCAAGGGAAACCAAUCAAGCCCUAAUCUCGACUUUCAAACACAGAUCGAAAACUUAUUCACAACAAUUCCGUGAAAAUGAGUCGUCCACCCCCAUUUUACCCGGUCAUCCCGAUAAAUAUGGCACAGCACAAUUAUCAACAACAAGUCGACCCGGGAAAUCCUAUCGUGGCCGGGCAGACUUCCCAAGCACCGCAAUCCACCGCGAAUGAUCCUACAAGAUGGCAGGUCCAAAACCAUGCUAGUGCGCCUGCAUGGAUCUCUACUCUGGGUGGCCGCUUCCCAAAACGUGAACCUGUUGCAAAUGUGAGAGCCACCCGUAUUUUGCAUAGCAACAUCAAGGCCGACAUCAAUGUCAAAGCUGCAAGCCUGAGACAAUUAUAUCCAGGACUGAUUCGCUAUGUCAAAAAACCCACCGGUUGGGACGACCUUUACCAUCUUUGGGACGCAGCCGACAUACAAAUGGAGAGUCCAGAAUUUCUCUACUAUGUUAUGCAUCAGCUUGGCGAGGAAAAUGAGCAGCUAGACCGUGAAUGUGAACUUGCGAAGCACCAUGAGAUCGAUGAAUACGUUCAAGCAUGGGUUACAAAUAAGAGGGAAUUGGUUUUAAGCUGUGCCGCUGGUGGCAUGUACGAGCUUUUCUGCUCGGAUCCUUCCGAAGAUGACGACUUUUCUCCAGAAUUAAAGCUAAUCCUUAACAAGACUCUGGAAGUCCAUCGCUUGCGUUUGUUACGUGACGCAUCUGGUAACGCCGUUAAUGCCACAGUUCAUAACUCACUACAACCGAAUAGCGUGCCUCAAAUGGUCAGAUCUGUUUCCGACAAUAGAAAUCGUCCUGAACAAGACCAAAUCGUCGGACCAACAAUUUCCAUUGUGACCGGAAGUCAGUCCAUUACCGCGCAGCCAGGGGAUGUAAAAACAGAAUCGCAUUUUCUUCCUUUGACGCAAGCUCAAUCCACGCCUAGCUUUCAUGGUGGCAGGGAUCUUAGCAUGCCGUUAAAUUUGCAGAUUCAAAAUCAACCGGCAUCUACAAAGCAAGAAGAAAACAUGGGUCUUACCUCAGUUGUUCCGCAUCAACCACAGACACACAAUCACGUUAUAGAGGCUCAGCGUGGAAUAGUCAAGGCCUUCAACGCUUUGACUGACAUCAAUCUCGCAGCUGGACUCGAUCUUGCAACUGGCCUCAACGCUUCAUCUGCUCCUAGUGUUUCACCAGCUCGUCACAACAGUUAUCGUAACGACAAUACGUUUCGCAACAGACCUAGACCUCGUGAAGAUUCGAUUGGAACUCAUAGAAAUAGAAGAAAUCAGUGGAUGAGCCCCCAUGGAACUCAUCAGAACAAGUUUAUCCAUCAAACGCCGCACAACCGUCAACAAAGUACUUCCGGUAGUAUGAGAGGAAGCCCCUCACGGGUUCUUCAGGUCGAACCUAUUUACAUCCGUAAUCUCGAGCAUUCUUCUAGCCUCGUUAGUGAUAUUCCGAAUCAGCGCAUGGGCAAUGGCGAUUUCGUUGGUUCUCAUACGGAGCUUCCUAGCGAUGUCCAAAUGACUUUUCCACAUUCCAAGAUCAAUCAACAUCUCGAUUUGGGUGAAAUGGAAGGAGACCCAAAACUCUUUAAAACAGAUACUUUCUGUGUGUAUACCUACGAUAUUUCCGCACCAAGAAACUCUUUCGGCCGAACUCUGUACUUGAAAGGUCCGGAUUUGAAAAUGUUUCACACUAAUCAUUUGAAGAACCUAAUGUCCACAGUUGGGAAUGUUGUGUCAAUCAAAUACUUGUUCAAGUCCUACGACAACGGUCCGGUCUUUGUAACGUGGGUUUGUACAAUAUCUUCAGAAAUGCAAAAAAGCUAAUGUGGUGGUAGAUUUGAUGCCGAUGUUUUGGCCAUGGCGAUUGAAAAGUUUAAUGGCUACAGGUUGCCAGACGGACGUUUACUUACAGCAGGAUACCCACACGAAAAUUCGCGAGAUCGUUCGGGCAGUAACUCCAGUUACAAUAGUUAUCAUGGAGACAAUCACAAUCGCUACGUGUCAGCUGCUGGGUCAGACAAUAGAGCCUAUUCGAGGAGAAAUUCAAUAUCACAACAUCGUCCAUCGAGAUCCCAAAGCGGUCAAAUCCCAUUUCGGUAUUUUAGUGGCAAUCAUAUGAUUUCAGGUAAUGUUAGCGAGCCUUUGUCACAUUUAAACUCUCCUACUCGACCAUACCCCGCACCAUAUGUACCAGUUGCCCAGCAACAGUCACCGGGACAUGCACUAGGUGCAGUAAUAUCGGAAGUUGUGCAGCAUGAAAGAGGAAUUGCACAUCUUCAACAACAAAUGCCUCUCGCCAUCAUGAACAGUAGAACAAAUGUUGCCGGCGGUUCUCAUCAUCGAACAUUUGGUGGAGCUCAGGCAGAAUCACAUCAUGUUAAUACGAAUUCUGGAGAGGGUCCCGCCCUGCCAAAUCCGUCCAAUCUUCCUGGCAAUAGAAAGGAGAAUUCUCCAAUCAAGCAAGUGUAAGGCGCUACAGAAAUUUAUAUCCGUUAAUUCACAAGUUGCUAACAAUCAAUAAGAUUUGAUGAAAAUACACAGUUUACACCUACCAGGGAACACAGGAAAGCAUCAAAAUUCACACAAAUCACGUGCGUUAUAAAGCUGGGUUGAGAGCCACGAAUUGUUACAUACUAACAUAUCGAUAGAUAUAACAGUACGACCCCAGUUACAACUCCUGCUGCGACCCCCGCGAAACCAUUAUCUCAGACUCAACUGAAAAAUCCAACAGUAGAAGUUGUCUCACUAGAGGCCUUCACUAAUGAAGUGGCAACAACUCCAAAAACAAGUCAAUUAUCCACCAAUGAAAUCACAGCAGAACCAGAGUCUCUGAGUACGGAGAUCAUCAAAGAGAUAGCCGCAGCGGCUCCAGAAUCUCCAGGCCAUGUUGAAAAAUUCUCAUCAAAUUUGUCGAGCGAACAAGUCGCCACAGAAGCCGCGGAACAGUUGUCCCUAGCAAAGACAAAGAAUUCAAAGAAGAACAAGAAGCAAUUCAAAUCCAACAGCAAGGUCGAUAUCGACGAGGAAAACAACAUUGUUCGCUCGACUCGUGCUAUUCCUUCACCGGCCGAGUCAGAAAGCACAAAUCCUUCACUAGUUGGCGGAGACAUAUUAUUCAGUGGAGACUCGACCAGAAAGCCAAGUGUUUCUUCAAUGGAUUCAAUAUCUAACAAUUUUUUAACGAAAAUCAUUUCUAAAUCACAGAUCAUUAGUGACAAAGCCGAAAAUACAGAUGAGAAGGAAAGAACUUCCGGAAAGGCCCUAGACAAUGAAUUGAUAUUGGCCGCCAGUGUCGCUCUAACCCUAUCUAACGGAACUACUGCCAAUUCCAGCCACCAGAGAUUGAAGACUGACGGUUCUACGAAUGAUUCUCUUGAUAAGAGUCGUUCAGUAUCUGUCAAGGAUCUCAAGAAACAGCCCCAUUCGAACAAUUCAGAUAACUGCGAUUCUCCAAAAACUGCUACAGGACCUGUUAUCAAGACCGAGCUAAAGAAAGCCAAGUUUCACGGGAAAAACCCCCAAGACGGUGGCGCCAGAUCUUCCGAGCAGCAGGAACAACCAAAGACGGAUUCGAACAACAAGAAGAAGCGUGACUUGCCCGAAGCCAGCCAGGAGAUGAAAAGGUCUUCAGUUUUAGUUGUCUCCAACGACUCAUCUGAAUGGCCAUCCUUAGCCCCUUCAAAGUCCCCACCUUCGAGCAUUGCUAAUGGAAAGCCCCCUAAAUCGAUCGCUCUACCAGCCUCGACUAUCCUCAAAACUAAAGAAGUAAUAAAGCCAGCAUUGCCACUUAAGCCAAUUAAGCCGCUGCAUCGACCAUCGUAAGAAUCUCGAGUCUGAUUUCCAUACGCCAUGCGAGCUGAUGCCGUGUAGGGAUGAUAAACUAGGGGGCAUUGUUUGGCCGUUCGUAAGGAGAUGCAAACGAAAGGUUCUAUCGGAAAGUACUGGUGGAUGAUCAACACAGCAUCUUCUUUAGUCGGCAUAUCUUUUGAACAUUUGUAUUCACCGGUAUUCGCGAAUGAUAUAUAUCACUAGAAGAAGUUGGGGAAGUUAUGCGGAAGAUAUCCAUAGUAUGAUCGUUCCACAUCAAGAACAGAGAUACACGACGAGUCAGUAACUACUGCCAUCAUGCUAA